UAUCUCAGACUAAUUAUUCCUGUUUUCAGAUUACGCUAUCAGUUGAAAACUAAAAUAAAAGAAAAAAUUUCAACUGAUGCCACUGAUGUGUUUGAAUCCGAACAGGUGAAGUUGAAAGCAGCUACUAAGUCCAAGGCAAAUGGUUUAUGCUGUAAGAUUUGCUGUAAACCUUGCAGAGAUUUACUGCUUCUAAACGAACAUUUGCUCACUCAUUCACAGGAACGACCAUUUGAAUGUGAUUUGUGCAAGUUAAAGUUCCGACGCAAGCUGGAAUUACAACUGCACCGGAAGAAACAUGCGAAAGAGACUCGGUACAAUUGUGAGAUGUGUGAAAAAUCAUUCUCAAAGUCCUACUUAUUAAUUGCCCAUUGGAGUGUUCACUCGGACGAACGACCUUUUGAAUGCGAAACAUGCAGUCUAAAAUUUAAACGCAAUCAGGACUUGAAGCACCAUCUAAAUACGCAUUCUGAGGAAGCACUUUUAAAAAACCGAUGUACUUUUUGUGGCAAAGCCUUUGUUAAGCGCCAGCUCUUGCUUUCUCAUUUGAAAGUUCAUUCGAAUGAGCGUCCUUUUGUAUGUGAAAUUUGUAAUGCAACAUACAAAAGAACGCAAGAACUGAGAGUUCAUAGAAAUAAGCACACAAACGAUAAACAGUACAACUGUGAUUUUUGCUGUAAAACUUUUCCUAGCAGAUUUCAAUUAAGUUCACAUUUGGUCACGCACUCUGCCAAGCGACCUUUUGCAUGCGAGAUGUGUAAUUUAACAUUCAAACGGAAACAGGAGCUAAAUAAGCAUAAAAAUAAGGAACAUUCGACCCCCAAACAGCCUGGACAAAGUAAUUAUUGUAAAGAUGGUGUUUUUGAAAGUCUCAGCAGUAGUUCAGUUCUCAGUGCUGACAACAGUGUUAAAAACGAGAGCCGGUUUGAAAUACAAGUCAAAACAGAGCUUGAAAUAUCAUCAACAUAGGCAUUUCAGCGAGAGACACAAAUUACAACUCAUCAAGUUGUCUUUUAAUUCGCUUUAUUUUUUAUUUAACAUUAAAGUUAAAGGUGUUUUAGAUAAGAAAACAACACUUUUCACUGCAUGUUAAGCGAGUUCACGUUUAAACGCAAACAUAAAGAUCACAAAAUAUCGGAUCGGAGACAUUCCGAAAUUUAACUUUGAAACGUUUGGCUUUAAAUGCCUUCAAUCUUGUGGUAAAAAAAUGUGCGUGGUUGCAUAACGUUGAACAUAGACGUUUUCGUAACAGAAAUUAUGAGAAAAUUAGAAUUGCAAUCUCAAAAACAAAACCAGGAAGUGAUGAGUACCAUAAUUCACGAUUAUUCUUAAAAUCAUGUUCAUAUUCAAUUACUCACAAAAUAAUGCACGAUAUUCUCAUAUUAACUGAAUAUAACUUCAAAAUAUUUGUUCUUUCUAAUUACAGAAUAAUGAACUUUGUAAACAUACUAAAAUAAAUUAAAAGUAAUAUUCAAAAUGGUAAAAUAUUGUAAGAUGCCUAACUGUUUUGGGCACUAAAAAAAAUGGUGUGCGUCAUGGGACGCUGGACAGAAGUGAAAACUUCAUAUAUUUAAUAAAACCAUAAAAUAUUGGACUUGUUUAACGCAU